UUUAUUUCUGGAGGACUGUUCCGGGAUGGUUGUUAGCUACUAACGCAGAGAAGUUAUUCUAAUAUUAUUGGUCUCUUAGCUUUUAUUUGUUGAUUUUCAAUGGAGAAUGGCUUCGUUGAUUGUCACUGUCAUAUCUCGGCUCAUGAGUUUGAAGAGGAUUUCGAGGAUGUGAUCCUGAGGACGAGGGAGGCUGGUGUAAAGACUCUGGUUGCAGUUACAGAAGAAGUCGGAGAGUUUGCCCGAGUUCUCCAGCUGCAGGAAAGCUAUCCAGAUCUCGUGGCUCCGUGUUUUGGCAUCCAUCCACUGCAGGCUGCCGAGGGGCCUCAGCAGCGCAGUGUGAAACCUCAGGAUCUGGAUGCCGCCCUUCCACACUUCUAUAACCACAAAGAACGCCUCGUCGCUGUUGGAGAGAUUGGUUUAGACUUCACUCCCUGGUGCGCCCCGACUCAGCAGGACAGAGAUGACCAAGUGAUCGUCUUCAUCAAACAGCUCAACAUCGCCAAGGAGCUGGACUUACCUGUGAACGUCCACUCCAGAUCAGCUGCUAGGGUCACGAUUGAGACCAUGAAGGAACAAGGCAUCAGCCGAGCUCUGCUUCAUAACUUUGCGGGGAAGCCAUCGGUCGCUCUGGAAGGUGUGAAGGCGGGCUACCUCUUCUCUUUUCCCCCUGCUGUCUGCAGAAGCAAACAGAGAUACAAGUUAAUCAAGCAGAUCCCGUUGGAGCACAUUUGUCUUGAGACAGACUCUCCUGCCCUCGGGCUUCACCAGCAUGUGAGGAAUGAGCCCGCCAACAUCAUCCUACCAUGUCGCUACAUCGCCGAUGUCAAAGGUCUCCCUCCAGAAACUGUUCGGCUGGUCACCGCACACAACGCAUACAGACUCUUCCCCAAAGCUAAAACACGCUGACAGUGACGUGAGCGUGAUUUCGAAAUCCAAGGCUCACCCAGUGUGUGACGUCAUGGAAAACAUAACUUCCUUUCCUACUGUCCGCCCCUCAGUGUUUCACUGCGAGGCUCAACGUGAACUUUUUUAAACACAUGAUGAAUAACACUGCUAACGUUUGAAUAUCAGAAAGGUUUUUCUUUACUUUUGAGGUUUUUUUUUUUUUUUUUUUUUAAGUUUCACACAAGCUAGAAGCUUUCUGCAAAGUCUUGCAGAUAAUUCUAAUAAUUAAUAAGAUGUGUCUUUCUUGACCAAAAUGAGUGAUGCAUAGAAAUUAUUUUUCAAAAAUGAGUUUUUAAUAUCAGUACUGUCAAUAACAAGCACAAUCAAAUGUCUCAAGACCUCACGCGUCAUGAUCUCCAGCAUAUUUGGGGUUUUGUAUUACGUCAGAUAUUAGUCAUGAAAAUAAAAUACUGAAAGUUG